CGCCCGCUCUCCUCCCCCUUCGCCCGCUCCCGCCUUUUGUGCGCCGAGCCCGGGCGUCAACGGGCGCCGGCGGCCGCGGAGCUGACAGCAGCCCGCGGCUAUCGGCCUCGGCAGCGGCGCUGUGGCGAGGGCGGCAGCCGCAGCCGCUCCCGUCACCAAGGCGCUGCCUGGCACAGAAACAGACAGAGACGGACUGACAGGCGCACGCAGCGCGGAUCUGCCGCCUUUGCAGCUCCUCUCCUCCCUGCACCAUGCUCCGCUCCAGGCAGCGCCCGCCCGCUGCUCCCUGAGGGCAGCCAGCCCCGCGCCCGGCUGAGAGGGCGACUGGCGCCCGGCUCCCUCCCCCCGCCCCCAGUUACCGGAGUUCGCUCCGUCCCGGGGACUUCGGCAGCGCCUCCGCCCUCUCCCGCCGUGGCAGCCCUUGUGCGGCGGGGGAGUGAGCCGCCAGCAGCCGGAGGGACUGCAGCCGCCGCCGGGGGAGACGAGCUCAAGCCCCCGCCCCCGGAGCUCUUCAUGGCGUCUCACCAGCAGACCAGGAUCCAAGCCUACCUGGAGAAGAAUAAGAUCGGUCCCCUUUUCGAGGAGUUGAUGACCAAGCUGAUAACGGAGACACCUGACCAGCCAAUCCCAUUUCUAAUUGAUCAUCUUCAGUCCAAGCAGGGAAACCGUGGUCAGCUUCAGAGGACAUUGUCUGGCUCUGCUGCCCUCUGGGCAGAGAGUGAAACAUCAGAAAAUAAAGGAACAAGAAGAGAUUUUAGAAAUUAUGAUAAACCUUGGCAGGUAAAUGCAAAAAAGCCUAAAAAGUCAAAGAGCGACCUCGCUGUGUCCAACAUUUCUCCACCAUCACCAGAGUCCAAGUCAUUGCCAAGGUCAAUAGAGCAUCCUAAGUGGGAUUGGAAGACAAAACCGGAGAACCAUGAUUUUGAUGAACUAAAUCAUAUUCUUCAAGAGAGCAAAAAGCUUGGAAAAGCCCUUGAGAAUCUGUCUCGCAGCAUUGCUAUUUCUGAUGAGCUCGAUAAGGACACAGCAGGUUUUAACACCCCCCUUCUCAGACCUCGUGUGAUUGGUGAAUGGAUUGGCCGUGAAGAGAAUGAUGCAGACCCUCUGGCUGCUGAGAUGCUGCAGCCACCAAUACCAAGAAAUAAAAAUGAGCAGUGGGACAGCGAGGAUAGCAGCAGUCCUGGAGGAAGCUUAAAAAUGGAGCCAAAGACCAAAGGAUUAAAACAUCAACAGCAGCAACACAAGAAACUGCUGGCUGCCAUGCUUUCUCAGGACUCCUUUGAUUCUGCUCAAAGCACAGCUCCAUCUGUAACCGAAGAAGACAUUGACAAUGAAGAUGAUGCAAUGGAACUACUGGAGGAUCUUGAUGAUCUCAGAAUGGAAGGAGUAACGAGUGUGGUGUCUUCUGGGAGCAAAUUCAAUCAAACUCGAAGUGCUCAUACGGCUGAGCCUCAAGCAAAGGUCACAUUGAAUAUAUGUGCAAGAUGUGCCAGAUUGCAAGGAGAUAAUUUGGCAGAAAGGCCAGAAGAUGUCUCCAUGGUAUCUCAGACAUCUGAGCCAGCAGUGUCAGACUCUGAUGCUCAAGUACCUGGGGUUGAAACACUCACAGAAGAUAUUAAUGAGUUUCAGAGUGCUUCUCAAGUGGCAGCAUCCUCUCAGACAGUUUGGACCUUGGAUGCCGUGACUGUCAGACCUGGAGGUUCCCCAAGGCAGAAACUCCUAAAGGACUCCUUAGCUGCAAAAGAACUUCAGACCAUGGAAAAACACCUAGCUGACAUUGAGAAGGACCUCGCACUGUGGGAAGAAGCAAGGCUCUCAAGAAGCCCUGGUGUCCAGCAUCCCAGUGCAGUUCCAUCUGACCAUCAAGGCACUCUUCAAGCUGCACAGGGCCAAACCCCAAGGCCUCAGGUGCCAACUGCGACAGGGAAGAGCAUUCAGCUCCAAGGAAACAAAUCACCCCCGCUGCCCACUAACAGCAGAACACAGGUCUCCAGUGUCACAAGCAGCAGUGCACAAACCCACAGGCCAUCAACACCAGGGAGCAGACCUAUGACCCCAAAUAGCUUGUUGUCACGGCCUCUAACCCCUAGCAACCAAGGAAAUAGGGAAAGCAGUAUUAGCAUGCAGAGAAGCAGAUCUUUGUCAUCUAAGAGCCAAAUGGGGAGGACCCUCAGUGCUGCUUCAGGGCUUUCUGUGCAAGUGAGUGGAGAUGUUGUUGGAACUGUCACUACUCAGAGAAACAGUUUAUCAGAAGAUGAAUUCUUACAACAGCUUCAGCUUGCUCAUCAACCUUGGAUAUUGCCAAGUGACACAGAAAGUGAAGGAGUGGAAGCUGACCAAGACAAAUGUUUGUGAAAUCAGUGGGAUUAUUGAAGAACAGUUUAAUAAAAAAAAAUAUGGUGAUCAAAACUACAUGUGAAAAUUUGCAUUAGUUUAUGCAAAAAAAUUUAAAUAAAUUUAUUUUUCUAGUAUCAGCAGCACAUGGGUGGAACUGCUCUGAUAAGUGGAUGCUGUAAUGCACUGAAUGAGAGUAUUUACUGUGGUACAGUGGCCUUAGGAAAGAAGGGUAACUGUCACAUUUUAGUAUAAAUUUACUAUAAUAUUUUGUUUAGUUUAUGCCCCUGUUGUUUUGGAUUGACAUUUGAUAAACUAAAUUCUGCCUGACCAAAACAAACUUUGCCUAAAGAUUGUAUGUAUUUUAACUUGUCUAAGGUUUUCUACUCCUUAUAUUUUUGUAAUCUUUGCUCUUUUUUAGAUUAAUAAAGUAUUUGCUGCAUCUGCCCAUGUGUUAUGUCCCAUUCAGGUCUCACAGAGAGCUAGCUGUUCACUCAUAGUCACCUGCAGAGAGAGCUCAGACAGGGGAAUGAGUGAAAGAGUGUGUGUGGGUAGCAGAAACAGGUGCUGCUCGUGCUGCAUAGCUUUGUAUUGAAUUUAUCUACUUUGAUCUUUAAAACAAAUAAAGACUCUGUUAAAAAGGGGAACAUGAGUGCUGCAUGCAUGCAAAAAUAAAGCACCUAAAGGAAUUUCAUAUAUUAUGAUAAAAUGUUAGUUACCCAUAUGGUUACUGAACCAAACUGCUAUUUAAAAUAUUCUGUCUGGUGUGUGCUGUGUGCUUGGGACUUUAGAAGGUGCAUUAGCACAGACAUCAAAUGAAGGGAUGUGGCAGUUGCAUUUACUGAUUUCAUUUAACUGUUAAUUCUGUCAAGUGUGUUCUCAGUUUCCUUUGUCUUCAAUAAUGUAUGCUUAGGUCCUGUAUUUUAGACAGAAUGAUAUAAUGAAAUUGCUUGCAACUAUUAAAAAAUACAGUAUUACAAAGCAUCUAUUUGUUUAAAAAAUAAAAAUGAGUUGUC